GUUGUGUACUGGGAAAUUUGUCCAAACAGGAGCACAUUCUUGUGUGCAGGAAGUUAACAUGGAGAAACACUGGUCUGCAGUUUGUGCACUGAUUGUAGCACUCGGUGCAUUUGUGCACUUUCACACAGUUUUUGCUGCACAAGCUGAUCGCAAUUUAACAGUGAUUCUUCCAAAACCAGGCCACUGCCCACGUCGCCUUAAUGUUGUCCCAUCACAUAAGGGGUGUGUGUGUGAUGAAGACUGUCCUGCAGACCACAAAUGCUGUGUCUUUGACUGUGGAGCUGUCUGUGUCCCUCCGGCUUUCACAAAGCCAGGAGUGUGUCCUCGCAGGCACUGGGGUGCAGGGGUGUGUGCUGAAUAUUGCUCUAAUGACAGUGACUGCCCCAGUAAUGAGAAAUGCUGCUACAAUGGAUGCGGACAUGAGUGCAUUGCACCAUACACAGUGAAGCGGGGUCGCUGCGCUCUGCCUCAGGGAACCCCCAUGUGUGCCGAGUACUGCUAUCACGAUGGUCAGUGCCCCGGGGAGCAGAAGUGCUGCAGGACAACCUGUGGCCACGCCUGCAGUGAGCCCUGCUGAUUGGACUAUCACUGACUCAGCUGCAUGUGCGCACUUGUUUGGUUUCCUUCAUGCAACAACACAGAAAAUGCAUUAUGUUCACUGUUUCUACCUUUUCACAGUAGUACACUUUGGUACAAUAUUUGAGCACCAAUUUGCACAAAGUUUGAUUCUUGGGGUUGAGAAUGUAAAGUGCUUUCUUUAAUGUUGUUAUAAAGUUAUUUUCUGUACCCAUACUUUAACUACACACAAAAAUCAGCAAAAUCUUUUGAAUACUUUUUUGAUUAAGUAUCUAGUAUCUGUUCUACACUUAGCAAGGACUACAGAAUGAACUGUUGUUAUGACAGAUGGUCCACUAACAUUUGCUUCCCCUCAUAAGCCAAUCUGACAAAACUUUCUUAUAAAGAAAAAGUUGUCACUUUAGAGAACAUCCCUGAACUGGAGAGGGAUCAGUUGGUAUGGUGCCACUCAUAGUCUUCAAAAGGCCUGCAGUACAUUUGUAUUUUAACUUGAUUACUUUACAACAUAUGUAAUCUUACUAUAAUGUUAAUACCGUUUUGGUCAAGUAAGAGUAUUUCUUUACGAGUAGUAGUACUGUGUAUUCUAAAUAAUCUAAAUCAAUGAAAAAUGUACUUUUGUAUCUGUGCGGUUUGAAGGCAUGGAGCAUUUUCUAUUUCUUUGUAUUUCAAUAAAGAAAUGCAUUUCCAGAACCAUAAAAA